CAAUUAUUAUUAUUUUGUAGUCAGUACAAUGAUGGAUUACAUCUUGUUUGGUUUAUAUUUCUUUUUUACUGCUCAGGAGGUUACUUCUAAAUUUUAUCUUAUAAAGACAGCUGAUACAGAAGAACCAACAUCAAAAGAGGCAGGAGAUUAUGGACUAUCAUUUCCAAAAUUACCUAGUGGCACCAUGAACAUUAAUGGAAUGAACAUGAUUCCGUUUCAGAACAAUGACUGCAAUGCAUGUAACUCUAACCCUAAAGGUGGAAAAGCCUGGGUUCCAACAAAAAUCUAUGAACCAAACUGGGUAAAAUCUGUAGAGCCUUGCAGUGAAACAACAUUUGUUGUUAACAACAAUAAGUUCCUUGUCAACAAGGAAGACACUGGACCUGUUACAAUCAAUGGAUUUCCCGUCACAGAUGCAGAUCAUCGAAGAGCACUAAGCGGCGAAAUAGUUAAACUUAUUGCCAACAACAAAGUAGCUACUCUUACAAUGAAGCAAAACACAGUAAUGUUUGAUGGAAAACCAUUAUCUGGGAUGUAUAUAGCCUCAUUUUUUCGGGGACCUAUGACAUACUUUGGUUGCAUUAAAAACUAACCUUGUGCACAAUUUGAUUUCAUUUGAAAAUUCUUGUAUCAUUUUCUAAAAUUAAAUUUUUUUAUGUGAAAGGAAUAAAGAAAGCAUAUAUUAGUUUUCUAAAUAUUUUGAUUUCUUAAAAUAUAUGCUAAAUAAAUACUGAAUAACUACCGGUA